CUUUACAACCACUUCUAUUCAGUUACCAUUUCUCCAAACUCUAUAAAUCAAUUAAGAAAAAUGGACUCUACAACAACAACAAGAAGGCCUUGUUUUCUUGACAAAAAUUAUGGCCUUGCCUCUCUAGCUGAAAUCGAAACUGGAUUUUCAGCAAAUAAUCAUCACAAUCACAACCCAUUAAUUUCUAGGCCUCUUUAUUUAAAAAGGAUGAGUCGAUUUGAAGAAAAACAACCCCAUUUCUUGGAAGCUUGUUUUCUUUGCAAGAAACCACUUGGUCAUAACAGAGACAUCUUCAUGUACAGAGGGGACAUUCCAUUCUGUAGUGAAGAGUGCAGGCAAGAACAGAUAGAAGUGGAUGAAGCCAAGGAGCAAAACUUCAAUCUUUCAGCUUCUAUGAAGGCUUUGAGAAAAAAGGACCAGACAAAGUCCACUACCUCUUCUAAUAAAACUACACAAGACUACCCUUUAUGCAGAGGCCCUGUUGCUGCAGCUUGAAUGAAUAAAAAUUAUACUAUGAGGAAGUUGAAUAAUUUUCAUUCCAUCUAUUAACUGCAGGGCAACAAAGAAAGUAAGAAUAAUAAAAAGGGGAAACUAAUAUUGCCAAGUAAAUUCAAAGUGAGAUAGAGGGGAAUGGAGAAGAGAUGUUAAAGUGAAACCUAAAGGGAUCACUGUAGAUGAGAUGAAGAAGCAGAAAAAUGCUUCUUUUAAAGAAGGUAUAUGAGGGAAGAUUGGACCUGUCCCUUUGCUGUUUAUUUUGUGUGAUUAUAAAAGUAAUGGCUACACUUUUGGUGGUAUGCCAAAGUAUUUUGGUACCACUUUUUAUGGUUUCCUCUCUCUUGAGCAGAGGGUCUUUCGGAAACAGCCGCCCUACCUUUCAAGGUGGGGGUUAGAUCUGCGUACACUCUACCCUCCUCAGACCUCACAUGUGGAAUUAUACUGGGCUUGUUGUUGUUGUUUUUAUGGCUUCCUCAGCUGUUUUCAUGAUGGAAAAAGAGGUGCAAUGAUAGGAAUUUCUACUUUUUCCACAA